CCACAUGCCGACCCCCACCCCCCCUCCCCUGCUCAUGCAGACUAAAUCGAUUCUUAUUCAUUUCUUUUUUUCUAAGUAUCCUAUUUUUGAUCCCCUCCAUGAGCACGCGAGCGCUCGGGCAUCCUCGGUGCCACACACAUCUGGAUCAGACCAGAUCCAUCGGUACCAGCACAGGCAUGAAGACGAGUGGUGGUGACGCUGCAUGUCAAUGACGACUUGACUCCAGGACUACCUCGCUUGAUGCUAAGCUGUGAAAAGGAAAAAAAAAAAACGAUGAGGACACCAUCGCCAAGCUCUGUCCGUGGACGUAAGCAUGAGCAUACCAACGUUGCCCUUUCGUUGGCUUCCUAUGAACCCAGAUGCCUCCUCUUCCUCUCGACGAGCGCAUAGUGGUCAUCCAGCGGCCGAAAAACAUAACCUUGUGUGAGGCUUCCCCUCAAGCCAUCCCACAUCACUCGUCUCAGAUCUCCACCUCUUCCAACGCGCAAAUCACCCGUGCUCCCCGCCCUCACUUCUACUCGCCCACCUGUAAACCUCUGACUUUGGAAUGCAAACGCAGACCUGCCCGUGGACAGAAAACCCCGGGCGAUCAUUCUCUUGCGCCGCCGCCGGGUUGCAGAAACGUCCCGAGCCACUGCCACAGCAAUGGAACCGUAACUCUCAGCCCGCGACUGCCGUCCCACACGCAUAGCAUUGAUAUCAGAUUGACUCUGGACAAAGGCGGGAGAGCAGGAAUCAGCAACUCCCUUGGCCAUAGCGCAAGCGGCAAGGGUACACGGGCAAAAUGCGUCCCUUCACAUUCAGAUCCGAUUGAGAGAAGAACUGGCGGCGCUGAACGGUCAGGUGGAGGUGAACACAAAUCACUGCAAAGUCGACACAGUCAAGUGUCGUCAUCCGCCGUCCUGCAGUUUGUCCCUGCGCAGUCGCAGCAGUACAACCUCAGGGAUGUGAAAGAGAAAGAAAAGCCACUUUUUCUCAAAAGACCUGACUCAGAAUUCCCCUUGCUGGAUCCCAAGAGUUCCAAGCUGGGUACCGUGCAUCAUAGUCUUCCCUACCAACACAAUUCCGUCCCUGUUCCCCAUGCGGCCGUCCUAAACUCCAGCCAUCCCUCGUCCUCUCCCCAUCAACCCUUCCAGUCUCACCCAUCCCGCCACAGAGAUCACCGUCCUCAUAUUCUCCUUGGUCUACCCUUGUCCCCGGGCACGUCCCACACAGGCGGCUUCCCUAGUCCCGACCACAGCUGCACCAUUGACUGCACCCACCCCUUCGGAUGCGGUUGCUGGCGGUUGGUACGAUGCAGAGGGGCUAAAGGACAUGGCUCCAGUUGCCAAGGAGGUGGCGGUAGCUCGUCCACCUCCUUUUCUGGCGUUCAUAAUGUCGGCGUGGUAAAAAAAGGAGGCAAAGAAAUGGGUCUGAGGAAUUUGGGAGGAUGUCUCUCCACCGCCUCCACCUCAAACACAUCCUCAACCAACAGCACUGUGUCUGAACACCGAUCAAGCCUGUUCAAACCUCUCCGCUGUGCCUCUUGCUCCAGUGAGGCCGGGAACUUUGAGAGCCCCGCUAUUCUUCGCAAGAAAAUGGUUGGGGGGUGCCUGCCUUGUACCCCGAUAUCCUCUUCUGCCCCUCUUCGGGCAAUACAAAGCUGUGUCACGGGUUGCAAUCCCAAAACCUCCCACACAGGUAGCUCCACCUGCAGCUAUUGUAGCAGCGACCCCAUCGUGGUAACGUUCAACCCUCGCAGAGGUAAACCUCCAGGGAGAAGCAUCGGAGCACCUCAUGCGGCGAAUAUGUUCCAAGCCAACGAUGAUGACUACAGCGUACGAACGAUCUGGCCUGAAGAACUGGCGAGAAAGAUGACCCAUUCGACAGCCCAAGGGAAUCACUGUGCCGGAAUUGGAAUAGGAGUUGGAAAGACAACUCCCAGGCAGAUCCAAAAUGAAAGAGCUGGCCUCGUCCGCCUGGACUGCGAAAACCUCCAGGAGUACGCUCACUCUCAUCUUACGGACCACGCUGGCCGGCGGCGACUACAGCAGGACAAGAUGGCCGCCCUGGAUUUUAUGGCUUGCAGGUCGGGACAGGGAUACGACGAACACGGGAGCUCCAUCAGGAGGCUUCUUAACAAAGCGGACGACGUGGGAAUGGCGGGCACUCUUGAGCACAAUCGAGACACACCGUAUCCUUGCUCACCUUCACCGCGUUCCCCUUCUCCGCCAUCGCCCGUUUCCUUUUCGCCUCCACCGUCCGCUCCCAGCACACUCAUCAAACCCAAACCCUGGCAGAGAGACGGGGGACAUUCUCUACCAUCCGCCCAGUCCCUUCACUUGGCUCUCAACUCACUCAACAGAGAGCAAAAUGAGGAGAAAAGCAGAAUGCACCUUUCGCUGCCACUCUCCUCGUCGCUGCCUGCCUCCCUGUCUGACGAGUCCGCAAUGACUCCCGAUGCGGAGAACGCUGCGAUUAGUGCCAUCCUGCCCUUCUUGUUUCUUGGAAACGAAAGGGAUGCUCAAGACCUGGAUCUGCUCUUGCACCUCAACAUCGGCUAUGUGGUCAAUGUGACGACGCACCUUCCCCUCUACCACCUCAAAUCAGGACUGCACUACAAAAGGCUGCCGGCCACAGACAACAGUAAACAAAACCUUCGACAAUACUUUGAGGAGGUUUUUGAAUUCAUUGAGGAAGCAUAUCAGAGUGGGCAAGGUGUGCUGGUGCACUGCCAGGCAGGUGUAUCCCGUUCGGCAACCAUCGUCAUCGCCUACCUAAUGAAACACACCCUCAUGACAAUGACGGACGCCUACAAAUACGUACGCAGCCGUCGUCCUGUGGUGUCGCCAAAUCUAAACUUCAUGGGGCAGCUUUUGGAGUUUGAGAGGGACCUCAACUCCGGGGUGACUCCUCGCAUCCUGAUGCCUAAACUUGAUGGUGUCGAGACCCAAGUGUGACACAUGGAAUUUGGCUUUGAGGGGCAGGUUAAGAAAAAUUGGGGUGUGUUUGGCAAUUCGUGCACUUUUAUACUGUGAAACAUGAGACAAACUGAUAGAAAUGACCUCAUGUAAGUAGCUAUUUAACUUGAUCAUCAUCCAGUACGCUGUUUAUAGAUAAUGUGCCAAUAUAAAUGGAAUACUGUAUUGAAAGAUUUUUGACCUGAAACUUGGGACGGUUGAUGAUGCACUGAUAAAACUUGUUAAAUUAGCCUUUGUUAGUGAGCCUUGUUAGGACAUUUUGGCUAGUAUUUAAAAAAUAAAAAUAAAAAAAAAACACCUCAGUAUCAUCUUAGCAUAGUAUCACAUUAGAAAAGAUUAUUAUGAAAUAAAUUGUGAAGCUUUAGUUGAAAUGAAUAUCGGAUACAACUCUUGGAUGGUGUGAUCAGUGAGGACUUGAUCAUUUGAACUCCAAUCUGUUGUUCCGCAAAUGGGGAGUAAAACAGCCAUUUCUAAUGUUUACAAUGUAUUGACAAGGGAGCUUACAUGUCUUGACACUCCAGCAACCAAAUAUGCUUUGUUAGCGAAAGAGCCAGAAUGAUCAGUUUUCCAGUGAUGCCAUUUUCUUUUUUUUUUCCUUCUCCUGCCUUAUCUUAUCGUCCCCACUGUGGCCCUUGCCAUCACUGUAUUAUGAAGGCUUUGCUUUUGAUUCGAGAAGAUACCAAGAUUCACUGUGAACGCUUCUUCUACUGUGAAGGCCCUAAAGCAUAUUUUAUCUUCUUGAUCUUAUGCCAGAUAGGAAAAACAAAACAAAAAAACAACGCCACUGAAUUAUAAAGUGUCUUCAUUGUCAACAUUCACAGAAAGAUGGCAAAUUUAGUCUCCUUUGGAAAACGUUGGGCUGUGAAGUAUUUAGUGUUUACUGUUCAGCUUUGAGCGGCAGGAGUUUGUAGCAACUUCCUGUUUAGAGCCAUGUAGUAUUUAUAAAGUUCUUUUAUUGAAAGACUUCAGUAUUUGGUGCACAAUUGAUGUAUUCUGAGGCAUGAUUAUUAGUUUGCACAUUUUCAAACCCAUGCUGUCCACAUUUGAUUUUUUUUUGUUGCUGGAAUCAAUUGUUGCCGUUCUUCCAAAUUCAAAUAAUGAUGUUAAAAUCAUUAAGCAUGAUGUGUAUAGUAUUUUAUUUUAUUUUACUUUUUUAUAUAAUAUAACAGGGACGCACACAUUGUGCUGUUGUCUUAUUGAUUCUAG